AUGUCUAGUUUCGAUCCGUCUGUCGUCAAGGCUGGUGAGAACCAGGCCACCGUCGAAGAAACAGAAACCCAAGUUAGCUUGGCAUAUGGAAUGGCUAUCCAUGAACUCGACAUCAUCCUCGAGUUGGUCAACUUUAUCCAAAAACCACCAGAAGACGACUAUGAAGCACUCAAAGCGAACCGGAACCAGAUGACCAAGGACGUUCGAAGACUAGUUGCGAGAGUCAACAUCAGCAGCGAGAUAUUGAGAGCCCGUGAUGCUCAGUUCCACUACCACGCCAAACGUCUACGCACAACAGACCGAAUUGAUCGACUUCGCCUUUGGCACCAAGAGAAAAAACAAGAAUUGGAGGCGGCAAGACUACGAGAUGGAGAGAGAGGCUUUGAAGCUGCUAGCAAACGACUUGAAGAGCAGAAGCGGGUGAUGAUCAAGUGCUACAAAUUGGAGAGUUUAUGGGACAAAGCGAUGCUGCGGGAAGAGUCUGCCAGUGUCCAUGGAGACGACUUGUCAAGCGAUUGUGAGACCAGCAUGGAGGAAUGA